AAAUAAGCAGCUGGAAACCUUCUCAAUUUCCUAACAAACCAGUUUGCGUUUAUCCAAGUGAAAAGCGUACGAAAUCUAGAUUUAAAGUUAUGUUUACGUUACGUUAAAUGCUGAUUUUCGACACUCUUUUCAAAGAUGUCCAAUAAAGAUCAGAUGAUGAGAAUGCCUGUUGGUGGGAUGCAGUCCCAACAAAAUCUUCAACAGCAUGGAUCACAGCUUCAACCUCAACAACAAAACUAUCCUCAAGACAAUUUGCAUAUGCUGCAAAAAGCUAUAAAUUCUAUGGAAGAAAAAGGAAUGCAGGAAGAUCCGAGAUAUGCUCAGUUAAUGGCAAUGGCAAAUUCUCGAAAAACAGUUCCAAGUCCUGGUGCCCAGUCUAGUGGAGGUCAUAGUCCUGGUGUUGGUCAACAUUCUGAAUCAGGGGUUCCCAGUCCAAGUAUGGGACCUCCACCACCUCCUCAGCAAACAGUGCCUCCUCCUUCACCUUCUAAUUCUAAUAUGAAUUAUAUGCCUUCUCAACAAAAUAUAAUGAAUUCUUCACAGGUAAAUCCUCAGGCUCAUGUUGCUGCACCACAUCCACAAAGCUAUUCUGGACCUGGAAACUAUCAUCAAGGACCACAUCCUUCACCUAAUUCUCAAAGCCAUAUGAAUCCUAACCCUAAUCCUCAGAGCCAUUUGAGUCCUGGACCCAAUCCUCAAAAUCAUAUGAAUCCUGGUCCUAAUUCUCAAAAUUUGAUGAAUUUGGGGCCGAAUGCUCAGAACCAUAUGAAUCAAGCACCAAAUCAAAACCAUAUGAAUCCAGGAUCCAACUCUCAGAACCUAAUGAAUUCAGGGUCUAAUUCUCAAGCACAUAUGGGUAUGGCACCAAAUGCUCCCAAUCAAAUGAAUCCAGGUCUUACUGUUCAAAAUCAUAUGAAUCCGUCAACUAAUAAUGCUCCUCAUACUAUGGAUACGGGUGAACAACAACCUUCUCAUCAGCCUCAUCCUGGUUAUGGGCAGCCUGUAGUAAAUGGCCCUCAAGGACCAACUCAUGCUGAAAAUCCGAAUUUACCACCUGGUGUCAAUCCAGCUGCCAAUCAAGUGCCAGGGAUGAACAUUAAACCAUCUUUAUUGUCACCUGUGCAAAUUGCACAACUGAGAGCUCAGAUUAUGGCUUACAGAUUAUUAUCUCGCAAUCAACCUAUCCCUGAAAGUGUCAUUGCUGCCAUUAAGUGUAAGAGACCUAUGCAAAAUCAACCAAUGUAUUCUCAGAGACCUCCUGCUCCUCAAUCUCCUGGACAGCCUAUUCGAGGUCCUGUCCCUUCAGCUUCAAUUUCUCUUCAAAAUAUGAAUAAUGGAAUGAUGCAUGCACAAGUAGCGCAAUCUCAACCAAUGCACCCAUAUAUGCAGCAGCAAUCUUCCAUGCCUUCUCCUCAGCCGCAACAGGCUGCACCAUCCCAAAUUGUUCCUCCUCACCAACAGAUGAGUGGUACACCACAAACUGCCCCCACUGUAGCUGCACCAGCAAUUCCAAACCAAACUCAGAAUCAUCCACAUCCUCAAAAUGCACCUAUUCCAGCUAUGAUGCAUAUGCAACAACAAAAACAAAGUAGAAUAACUCCAGUGGCAAAGCCCCAAGGAUUAGAUCCUAUUGAAAUUUUGAAAGAAAGAGAAAAUAGACUGGCAGCACGAAUAGCUCUUCGCAUUCAAGAGCUCUCAUCUCUCCCCGGUGAUCUAUCUGAAGAUAUACGUACUAAAGCUAUGAGUGAACUAAUUGGUUUACGUUUGUUAAAUUUCCAAAGACAAUUACGAGCAGAAGUGGUAAGCUGCAUGAGAAAAGAUUCAACUUUAGAAACUGCUUUGUAUCCAAAAUUAUAUAAACGUACAAAGCGCCAAGGCCUUAGAGAAGCUAGAAUCACCGAAAAAUUGGAAAAACAACAAAAAUUAGAGCAAGAGCGUAAGCGUCGACAAAAACAUCAAGAGUAUUUGAAUGCUGUUCUACAGCAUGCUAAAGAUUUUAAAGAAUUCCAUCGCAAUGUUAUGGGUAAAAUUGGAAAAGUCAACAAAGCUAUGGUCACAUAUCAUGCAAAUACUGAAAGGGAACAGAAGAAAGAGCAGGAGCGAAUUAAUAAAGUACGUAUUGAGCGUUUAAUGGCUGAAGAUGAAGAAGGAUAUCGCAAACUUAUUGAUCAAAAGAAAGAUAAGAGACUUGCAUUUUUGCUUUCUCAAACUGAUGAAUAUAUAAAUAAUUUGACAAACAUGGUUAAGCAACAUAAACUUGAACAAAAGAGAAAGCUUAAAGCAAAAAGGAAAGCCAAAAAGAAGAAAAAGAAGCAACAGCAGAAAGAAAAUGCAGGGGAUGAUACACUUCAAGACGGUCUCAUGGAUGAUUCAUCACAGCUCAGUGACCUUAGAAUCAAUGUUAUUGAAACAGCUACAGGUAAAACUUUCUUUGGAGAAAGUGCACCUUUAGCUAGUCAACUUGAAACAUGGCUUGAACUGCAUCCUGGUUAUGAAGUUGCUCCUCGAGAAGCUAGUGAGGACGAGGAAGAUGGUGAUGAAGAUUCCUCAGAUUCUGAAGAGGAGGAAGAGCCUAAACCCCCUAAACCAGUUGAAGCACCACCUAGAGAAGACGCAAAGCAAGCUUUAACUUCUACAGAGGAUGAUGAAUAUUCAAAUAUGGGUAAAUAUCAAAAUUAUUAUAACAUAGCUCAUGCUGUUAGUGAAGAAGUCAAAGAACAAGCAUCAAUUCUGGUAAAUGGAAAAUUAAAAGAAUACCAAAUCAAAGGUUUGGAAUGGCUUGUUUCUCUUUACAACAACAAUUUGAAUGGAAUAUUGGCAGAUGAAAUGGGUUUGGGUAAAACUAUUCAAACAAUCGCUCUUCUCACCUAUUUAAUUGAAAAGAAAAGAGUUCAUGGCCCUUAUUUAAUUAUUGUGCCACUUUCUACUCUUUCUAACUGGAUGCUUGAGUUCGAUCGUUGGGCACCAUCAGUUGUAAAGUUUGCAUACAAAGGCUCCCCUAUCCUCAGACGGCAAAUUGCAAGUAACUUGAAAGCUACAAAAUUCAAUGUUGUUUUGACAACAUAUGAAUAUGUAAUCAAAGAUAAAUCAACUCUUGCUAAAAUUCGCUGGAAGUAUAUGAUUAUUGAUGAAGGGCACAGAAUGAAAAACCAACAUUGCAAGUUAACUCAAAUCUUAAAUACACAUUAUACUGCUCCUCAUCGUCUUCUUCUUACUGGGACUCCUUUACAAAACAGAUUGCCAGAGUUAUGGGCUCUUUUAAACUUUUUGCUCCCCAGUAUAUUUAAAUGCUGUAACACAUUUGAACAGUGGUUCAAUGCUCCUUUUGCCACAACUGGUGAAAAAGUUGAGCUUAAUGAAGAAGAAACUAUUUUGAUCAUCCGUCGUUUACAUAAAGUCUUGCGUCCCUUCUUACUUAGACGUUUGAAGAAGGAAGUAGAAUCUCAACUGCCUGAAAAAGUUGAAUAUGUAGUGAAGUGUGAUAUGUCAGCACUUCAGCGCCUUCUCUACAGACAUAUGCAAACAAAAGGUGUUCUUUUAACUGAUGGCUCUGAAAAGGAUAAAAAGGGAAAAGGCGGUGCAAAAACUUUGAUGAAUUCUAUAAUGCAACUGCGAAAGAUUUGUAAUCACCCUUUUAUGUUUCAAAAUAUUGAAGAAGCUUUUGCUGAACAUUUAGGGGUCAAUUCAAAUGUUGUACAAGGUCCUGAUUUAUAUAGAGCAUCUGGGAAAUUUGAAUUACUUGAUCGUAUUUUGCCAAAAUUGAAGAAAACAAAUCACAGAGUACUACUCUUCUGCCAAAUGACCUCACUUAUGACCAUUAUGGAAGAUUAUUUGAAUUACAGAAGUCAUUCCUAUCUUCGACUUGAUGGUACAACUAAAUCUGAAGAUAGAGGUCAUUUAUUAGAAUUAUUUAAUGAACCUGAUUCACCCUAUUUUAUAUUUCUUUUGAGUACUCGGGCUGGUGGUCUUGGUUUAAAUCUUCAGGCGGCAGAUACAGUUAUAAUAUUUGACUCUGAUUGGAAUCCCCAGCAAGAUCUCCAAGCUCAAGAUAGAGCUCAUAGAAUUGGGCAAAAAAAUGAAGUGAGAGUUUUGAGAUUGGUUACUGUUAAUUCAGUUGAAGAACGUAUUCUUGCAGCUGCAAAAUACAAGCUUAAUUUAGAUGAAAAAGUUAUUCAGGCUGGUAUGUUUGAUCAAAAAUCUACUGGUACUGAUCGUCAUCAAUUUCUUCAAGCUAUCUUAGCUCAAGAUGAAGUGGAUGAAGAAGAAGAGAAUGAAGUUCCAGAUGAUGAAACUAUCAAUCAAAUGAUAGCCAGAAAUGAGGAUGAAUUUGAGUUAUUCCAGCAAAUGGAUCUUGAUCGAAGAAGAGAAGAAGCACGUAACCCCAACAGAAAGCCUCGCAUUUUGGAAGAACGUGAAUUGCCACAUUGGAUGGUUAAAGAUGACGCUGAUGUUGAUAGACUGACUCAUGAUGAUGAUGACGACAAAUUAUUUGGACGUGGAUCACGGCAAAGAAAAGAAGUUGAUUAUACGGAUUCUCUUUCAGAAAAACAAUGGCUUAAAGCUAUUGAAGAAGAUGAUUUUGAAGAGAUUGAAACCAUUAAAAAGAAACGUUCUGUGCCUGGUCCUUCUUCUGGUAAGAAGAGGAAGAAGGAAAAAUAUCAAGAUUCCGAUGCUGAACCAGAAAAAAAGAAGAGAAGAGGUAGGCCCCCGAUGGAAAAGCUGUCACCAAAUCCACCUCAGUUGACAACUCAAAUGAAGAAAUUAAUAAAUGUUGUUAUUCAUUACAAAGAAAAAGAUGACAGAGUUUUGAGCAAGGCUUUCAUGCAACUUCCUUCAAAACGCGAGCUUCCAGAUUAUUACGAAGUUAUAAAGAAGCCCGUCGAUCUUCAGAAAAUUAAAAACCGUAUUAGAGAUCACCGAUACCGCUCAUUAGAUGAUUUAGAGAGUGAUUUCAUGUUAUUAUGUAAAAAUGCUCAGACCUACAAUGUUGAUGGGUCCUUGAUUUAUGAAGAUUCUUUGGUUUUACAAUCCGUGUUUACCAAAGCAAGAGAAAGAUUAGAACGAGAUAGUGAUUUGGCCGUUGCUAGUGGAAACUAUGAAGCUGACAGUGAUAUGUAUGAUGAGCCUGAAGAAAAGACACGCAAAAGAAGACCUAGGCAAACUAGACGUUUUGUAAGUGAUGAUGAAAAUUCUGACAGUGAUAACUAACUGAUAUUUGUACCCGAAACAUUUUUCAUAUGUGUUUUCUCAUGAUCAAGUAACUUCUAUGUAUAAGGACUUGUAGCUUUACAUUCUAACUAAACCUGGUGUUUAUGGGUAAUCUUAAAUGGUGCCUGUUUCAUCAUUAUUUGGAUUGAAAAUACAUUCUGUAGUCAUCUUAAUCUAUCCUUCCGGAUUCUUUGCUACUAUUUAUUUAGAAUGAAUAUUCUGUAUAGUUUUUUUUUUUUAAUCUAAAAAUCAUUCUUUUUAAUUGAAUUUUUUUUUUAAGUUAACACUCUCAUUAAAUUAGUUUUUGGAAUAUUUUCACCUGGGGUAUUGAAGUCUCAGGCUGUAUUUUGACUGUUCUGUUACAUUUUAAGUGUUCAUAUCUUGCUUUAUCUUUUCUGAAAAUACCUAAUAUUUUUACCUUUUUCUCAAUUUUUACUUAUUUUACAAGUAUGCAAGUUUAAGAUGCAGUUUUUAAAUGUUUUUUUAUUCAAAUUAUAAAAUUCUUUAUAGUAUAGUAUUGAACUGUAUAAAUUCAGUUUAAUGUUCUUUCAAACUUAAAUUUUUUUAAAAAUUAUUAUUACUCGUAAACAUCAAUUACAUUUUAAAAGUUAAUUUUUUUUGUUUAGGAAAUUUGAUAUAUAUUUAUCAAAUUUUGCAAUAUCGUUUCCAAUGAAUAUGCAAUUAUAUAGCUACAUUUUGAAUUUCUAAUUUUAAUAAUUCACUCCUUAGCUUCAUCUUGAAAAGAAAUAAACGCUAAGAACAAAUUAUAAUUUGUUUGCUAUGAUUGACCUGUUAUAAUUAUUUUGCAGAUUGUUGCCUUUUUCUUUUGUCAUCUUGUGAAUUUAAUCAGUUCUGAUUGUAGUCUUUAAUACGGUCCUCAAAUGCUUGGAAACUCCUGUUCCAAGUUUUAUUUUUAAAUCUUUAAGAAGAAAAAAAUAAUAAUUUACUAGGUGUUUGAAUAUUUUAUAAUGACUAUAAGAAAAUAUUUUCAGUCCUUCUGAAAGUGACCUCAUAUUUGUAAGACAUUUUUAUAAAUCAUUCACACUGAUAUUUAAUCCUUUUUAUAUUGUAUUCCUAAACUGUAAGUUUAUUCCAAAUGAAAUAAUUGUGUGGCUUAAAAAGUAAACAUAUUGACCAAAUGACUUGUCAUUUCAUUUAGAAAACAUUUGGUGCUUUAUUGACUUCCAGCCACUAAAUGAAGUUUAAGUUUUUAUUGAUCUGUUUUGUGAGAGAUAUUCGUUUCUGAAUUUAAAAAGAACUCUUUUGUAAAUUUUAGAAUUGUUAAUUGUUUUUCCCAAUUUUUCUUCACAAUCCUCUUCAAUUUUCUGUCACCAUUAUGUUUUAUUUUAUUUGCGUCUAUGCCCCCUUGAUGCUGAUGCUUUUGUGCUACUCUCUCAUAAAUAUGCUUUAUAUAUUCUUAUCACACUUCUCUUUAAUAUUUUAAGUUGUUUUAAAAUGCCAGAUAUUUUCACACCAUUUUGUCGCAUAGACACAAUCUACCCUCUUUUAAACUUACUGAUCAUAAAACACUAGUUCAAACAUUCUUAAAUAGGACUAAUAAAGUUAUUUAUUUGUUGAAAAUAGUGAAUAUUUUCUAUAAUUACAAGUAAAGGUAAAUACGAAAUUUUUUUAAAAAAAUGGUAGAUGACAAAUCAUUUGGUCAAUAUCUUUAUUCUAAUUAAAGGUGUGUAUUGUCAUAUAUUUUAAAAUCACCAUGGUUAUCUUACAUCUUUAACCAAAGUAUUCAUUUUAGAAGUAUUGUACCAUUUUUUGCAUUAUGUUCUGCAUUAUAUUGGUUGUAAUAUUUAUAUUUGGGAUAUAAUAAAAUUCUCUCUGCUUCUAAA